AUGUACGAUGAUAAUGUGAAAGUCUUUCAUAUAUGUGAGAAGCUUUUUUCCAUGAAACUAUGUGACAUGAGUGUAGAUGAGACUUACGAUGAUAAUGUGAAAGUCUUUCAUAUAUGCCUUUUCCCCUUUAUUAGGGUUUCUGAUUUAUCCUACAAUUCUGCAUUAUCUCCCUCCGCCAUUGAUACAGAUUUUCCUCUUCAAUUCCUUCAUCUCAGGAAUUGA